AUGCCGUAUGGAGCCUGGUAUACCGGCCAGUAUGUGGCGAACCAGACAUAUCAGUCCCCCGUCGUUUCCUACACGUUUGUUGAUCCCCAGCACAUGUCGAUGCCGUAUGCCUUGUAUACGCCACAGGAAGUGCCUCACAUGAUGCAACCUGUUUAUCUGCAACCUACUUAUCCGCAACCAUCCGCGGUUUUCCGCAUCGAAGAGAGGUGUCCUUACCAGCAGUAUAUGAGACCGUCGCAACGGGCAUGCCCCAAUAAAAGGAUGAGAGGCCCAUCUUGCUGGCAUCAAGCACGUAUACCCGAGCAAGUAGUAGACAGACCACCGCCGGAACAUAGUACCAACACCACGCAGUGCAACAGCCCGCAGUUCACCACCCCGCAGGGCGUACGAUGCACGGACGAAAACGCACAGGAGGUGCUUGAUCCUCAAGCUUGUAUCUUUGUCGCCAAUCUCCCAAGCUACUUAUCAUCUGGAGAAAUCAAGAGAAGCGUGAGGGAGAUCUUCGAGAAAUGGGGAACCUGCUUCAUCACGGUAACCAGGUCGUGGAGAAAUCUGUAUAGCGCAUUUGUACAGUUCACGGAGGUUGAGCAUGCCAUAAAUGCCAGGGAGAGUGCAAAGAAAGCAGGAGUCUUCCUUUGCCAUCGGCAGCUCAGAUUGGAGAUACCGGACAGAAAGAAAAACCCUACCCAUCAAGUCCCGGCGAUCAUGGAAGGUGAUCAAGUCGAUAUCGCUUCUACGGAAUCCAACGAAGACAUGGGCUCGUCGAACUGCAAUACCCUAGGACCGAGCAUCAGUAUUGAAAUGCAAGAAGGGAACACGGCGGGAGAGAGUUCAGGGGGGGGAUUGGGGCCUUCUGUGGAGGAAGAUGAUGAGAUUGUGGUGCAGGCUGAACCGAAGACGCUUGACGAGGAACAGCAAGGUGAUGAGGAACAGCAAAACGACGAGGAACAGCAAAACGACGAGGAAGAGCAAGGUGACCCCCGACGACCAACACAACUCCGUCGCUGCAAAUCGCUCCCGAUUUAUCCCCCCCCUGAAUAA